AUGGAGCCCACACAGCCACCGCCGACUCUCACAAACCCCCGUUUUACCCUUGAGCUGGAGUUUGUCUCCUCGCUCGCCAAUCCAUACUAUCUUUCCCACCUCGCUGUCACUUAUCCGAACCUCCUUGGCAUCUCGCGCGCGGACGACGAUGACGAUUCAGCCUCCUCCCCCGACGCCCAAGCCUUUGCCGCAUACCUUGCCUACCCUCUAUUCAUACUGGAAAACGCCCGAAUACUCCCAGUGAUUGACGGACUAGCGGGGGUUGUGGCUACCGAUAAUGCAGUAGCUACCGAGUCCGAAGCGGCGGGCCCUGCAGAGAAGCAGAACGAAGAGAACGGAGUGAAGACAUGA